GCCUACCACGAGUUGAAGCAACAGUUAGCAUUGCCCCUAAAGUCUCACAAAUUAAACCACACUACACGCAUCUUGAUACAGUUCCAAUUUCAAGUUUCCUACUUUACGUUUCCAAGAGCAAUGGGAAUAGGAAAAGCAUAAGCUAAAAAGAGAAGAGAAGAGAAGAGAAAAGAAAAAGCUAAAUCGCAGUCGCAGCCAUAGACAAAGCCCUACCUACCUACCUCUACCUACUUCUAGUGACUCGUUGGUCCAAGACCAAGAGUGUAUACUAAAGUAGUAGUAGUGUAUCGUUUCUCAUUUGCGUAUUUUUUGGAGUCCAAGAAGAUUGGUGCCAGUUAGGUAGGGGGAACAUGGGUACUCUAACUGCCACAGUUCCUGUGCUCCCUUCCAAGCUUUCCCCUUCUAUUUCACCCCAUCGGAUCUCGAUUUUUCCUCACAGGAGGAGAUUCAGCAAGAACAACCAAGCUCUUGUGCCAGUUGCAAGGUUGUUCGGGCCAGCGAUCUUCGAGGCUUCGAAGCUCAAGGUAUUGUUCUUGGGAGUGGAGGAAGAUAAACAUCCGGGGAACCUUCCAAGGACAUAUACCCUAACCCACAGCGAUGUCACUGCCAAACUCACUCUCGCUAUCUCUCAGACCAUCAAUAAUUCCCAGCUGCAGGGGUGGUACAACAAAUUGCAAAGGGAUGAAGUGGUGGCACAGUGGAAGAAGGUGAAGGGAAAGAUGUCCCUCCACGUUCACUGCCACAUUAGUGGAGGUCAUUUUCUCUUGGAUAUGUUUGCUAGGCUAAGAUACUUCAUCUUCUGCAAAGAGCUUCCAGUGGUGUUGAAGGCAUUUGUUCACGGGGAUGGCAAUUUAUUCAACAGCUACCCGGAGCUACAAGACGCUUUGGUUUGGGUAUAUUUCCAUUCAAACAUUCCGGAGUUCAACAAGGUGCAGUGUUGGGGUCCACUGAAGGAGGCAUCCGCACCAUCAAUUGGGUCCCCUUCCAAGGGGGAGGAGGACCACCACCGUCAAGAUGAGGGGGUGGCAAUACCACAGCCAUGCCAACAAGACUGUGAGUGUUGCUUUCCACCUUUGACGCUCAGCUCAAUCCCGUGGCCUCAAGAGGUUCCCAAUCUCGGUCACCAAUAUCAACCUUAUGAUUAUCGUGCUGAGAAUGGGACCCAACAAUCCCACAACUUGUAAUAUACAAAAACUUAAGUCAUAUUCGUGGGGAUUGAUGGUUGCUAAUUAUUCAUCUAUCUUUCCCCUCUAUACUUGUUUAGGAAAAGAAUUAAAAAGAUUAAACCCACUUGGAUUAAUGUACAAAGCCAAAAUUUAUUUAUGAUUUUUUAUGUUACUUUCUUUUCUUUUUCUUUUUACAAUUGUGGAUGGAUGGAAUUUGUGUCAUAAAGGUUCAUGUAUGUAUAAUAUGAAUUAUUAUUUAUUAUUGAUGCGUGAUUUAGUAGGGAUUA